AUGGUGCAGCCCCGGGCCCGCUCCGCCUCCGCGGGGGCGAUGGAGCGAGGGCGCCGGGGAGCAAGCGGGGCCGCCGGGCCGCUCAGGGGCACCGCGGGGCCUUUAGCGCGCCGCUUCCCAUGGCGAGUCAGCGCCGCCGCGCCCCGGCCCGGGCCUCGCUGGCGCCGCUCCGCCUCAGCAGCUACUACAGCGCCGCCGCCAUCUUGUAACCCGGCUCGGGCCGCCUUUCUCUUCCUCCCCGCCCGGGCACGGGCUCCCCUCGCAGGGGCUACGGCGGCCGCCCGCUGCCGCCGCGCCGCCGACGGGACGGCGGCCACAGGGGCGGGGCCGCGGGCGGGGCCCGCGCGCGCUCCCUCACGGCGCCGAGGCGGGAACGGGGAGGGGGCGACAAAAUGGCGGCUGCCCUCACCCGCAGCGGGGUGUGGGCGCAGGGCUGUCUUUGCACACCUUAGGCGUCUUAAGGGCUGA